AUGUUCCAGUGGACACGCAUUGUGUGCAAUGGCACGUUACCGGCGGGUGGUGCCAAUGCGGUCCGUACCGGCGCCGGGAAUCUGUUCGGCGACACGCAUCGUUACGCAUGCCCGACGGGGUUCACGUGGUCGAGUACAUCCGCCGAACUCCGUGUGGAGUGCCUACACACUGGCCUGUGGUCCCGCACUGUCCCGGACUGCUACCCGGUGGCUUGCCCUCGCCUCGCAGCACCCAGCAACGGGGCGCUGAGCACGGACACCGGCAUCUAUACAAACAUCUCCACUGGUCAGUGUAGCACAGGCUAUGAGGUUAUCGCCGGUGAUCUAAGUCGCACCUGCCAGGCGGACGGCACCUGGUCCGGCUCGAACCUGGUCUGCACGCGGGUACGAUGUCCCGGGCUGGCUCCCCCGGCCAAUGGCGGGUUUGGCCAGUUUGACGGCGAUCAGUAUGGCGAUACAGUGGUGGUGUUCUGUGAUGCUGGCUACGAACUGAACACGCCGGUGGAGUCCACACUGCGCUGUCAGGCUAAUCGCACCUGGACCACAUCUCUCUUAUCGUGUAAACGUGUAACAUGUCCUGUGCCAGAUCAACCUCUAUACAUACCCUCUACCCCCGCACUCUCCACCACCACCGCACCGACUACCACACAAUACGACUAUGGCGCUGUGUAUGCAUACCACUGUGCGGCCGGCUUUCAGCUGCUGGGCAUUCAGAACGUCAUGUGCACGCAGGCCAGUAACUGGACUAGCCUGCCGCCUACGUGUCAAGCUGUCACCUGUGAUAUAUCUACACUGCCAUCCCUGCCCAAUGGUAACCAUGACAGCACUGGCAUGGCAACCAUCCAGUAUGGUGGUCAGGUGACCUGGUCAUGUGACAUGGGUUAUGAGCUGGUUGGUAGUGCAGUGCAGCGCUGUGUGCAGGCAGCCAACAUGCCUGGUCAUCUGGAUGUGGAUGCUCCAAACUGUACAAGAGUACAUUGCCCUGUCUAUCCUAGUGUACGGAAUGCAGCAGUGGUGCCCGUCAAGACCGACUAUCGCUUCCAGGACUCGAUUUCCAUCACGUGCCUCGACAAUCACGAAAUCAGCAAUGACGUCGUAAACGCCACGGCUACUUGUCUCGCCAACAUGACAUGGUCAGUGAUUGUUCCGGACUGUCGGCUCAUCGACUGCGGCACGAUUCCAAGCAUCCCGUUUGCCGAUCACCAUGGCAACGCUACGACCUUCGGCAGUGUCGUCACCUACACGUGCCACCCCGGUUACAAUAUCACUGCCGGUGCAGCCAUGAUCAGUUGCCAUGGAGACAAGACCUGGAGCAGUAGCCAGCCGACGUGUACAAGAAUCACAUGUCUUGCACCAUCACCAUUAUCACCAGAAUCUCUAGUAACACCAAUGUUGUCAGUGUAUGACUGGAAUACCACUGUAGAGUAUUCAUGUCAAGUGGGAUACCUGCUCACUACACCCUCCAUUACACACGCACAGUGCGAUAGUGAUGGUUUGUUUACUGUGGAACAUCCCGGCUGUCAUAUUGUCCAAUGUCCAGUCCUGGCUACAGACAAUGGUGUGUACUCGCACUCACGGGCAGUGUACAUGGACAACGUUACUCUAACGUGUGACGUGGGUUAUGAACUGCAGCCGCAGGUCUACACUGUUGAGUUUCGAUGCCUGGCGACGGGAAGUUUCUCUCUGUCUCCUCUGCCGACGUGUGCCAAGAUCUCGUGUGGGCCGCUGCAGCCAAUACAGAAUGCUACGGUGCUGGCUAGUGCAGCUCUGUUUGGCUCUCAGGUCCGUGCGAACUGCAACUAUGGCUUCGUAGCGGCAGGCAGCGUAUUGUCUGCUUCCUUUACGUGUACUCAGAACACCAGUGCUGUGUCAAACCGGUCUUAUCACUGGCGAGCGGACGGCAUUGAUAUUCGUACUGCAGGCUGCAUGCCAGUGGAGUGUGCCCAGCCGUCUACCAUCUCCAACUUCAUGUACUUGCAAUCUAUCCAGUUUCCAGUUCUGUUCGGCUCAGUUCUGAACGGUAGUUGUAAUCUUGGCUAUGAGCUAACCGGUGGUGAUCUUGUUCGUAGUUGUGUAGUUGAUGUUAGUAAUAAUGGUGUUGGUAUGUUGACUGGCAAUGUUCCUCUAUGA